AUGAAGCCCGCGGCGCGCUUCGGCGCGGCCGCGCUCGCCGCGCUCGCGGCCCGAGCGGCGGCACACGACUGCCACGACGGAGAGCACCGGGCGCUGCUGCAGGCCAGGCUCGGCGUCUUCGGCGUGCAGUGCGAGGAGAUGUGCAAGAGGCUCGGGGACUACCCGAACUGCCAGUGCCCCGGCUUCGCUGGGGAGCCCGCCGAGGACGGCGACACGCGCGCCUGCAUGGAGCAGCACUGCCAGGACCCCGCCCAGCCCUGCCCCUCGGAUCCCUUCGUGACCUGCGUGCGGGAGAGGACCAGGGCCUCCUUGCUGGAGUGGAACGACCUGAUGGCCCGCGUGGACUCCCACCUGGAGCUGCACCGCAGGGCGGUGGCGCGGGCGCGCGGCGGCGGCCAUGCCGCCGCCGCCUCCGACGGUUCGGGGCCUUGCGAGGCGCGAAGCCACGACCGCCUCGCCAUGCUCCAGGCGCGCACGGCCCUCUUCGGCGUGCAGUGCGAGGAGAUGUGCCGAAGCCUCGGGGACUACCCGAACUGCCAGUGCCCCGGCUUCGAGGGCGAGCCGGCCUCCGACGGCGACGUCCGCGCGUGUUACGUGCAGCAUUGCCAGGACGUCCACUGCCCCACCGACGCGUUCGUCACGUGCGUGCGGGAGACGAACAAGGUCGCGGCGCUGCAGCUCCCGCACAUGCUGCGGAGCCUGGACCUCUAUGCAAAGGGGUUCAAGGCGCUGGCUGCGGCCCGCCGCCCUGUGCAGCCGCCGCCUUCUGACGUCAAGUGCACGCACUGCGGCGCCGUCUUGGCCUCGCGCAACGCGCUGUUCCGGCACCUGAAGGCUAGCUGCGACCCCUCCGCCGGGAAGAAGCAGGAGGAGCGGGAGCGGCUCGUCCUCGCGGUCGGCUACCUUGGCUCGGGCUUCCACGGCCUGCUGUCGCAGGGCCCCCACGAGGAGGCCGCGAGGCCGACGGUGGAGGGCACGGUGUUGGCCGCGGCGCGGCGCGCGUGGGGCGACGAUCCGGCCCUCGCGGUGGUGUCGCGCUGCACGCGGACCGAGCGGGGCUGCCACGCGGCGGAGAACGUGCUGGUGCUUUCCGCCAGCGCGCGCCCUGGCCGCCGCGACGACGCGCUGCGGCGGGAGCUGGAGCGCUCGGAGGUGUGGCUCCUCGCGCCGGCCCGGGCGCCCACCGCGCCGGCCCUGUUCGACAGGGUCCACGCCUCGAAGAAGCGCGUGUACAGAUACUACAUCCCCUACCACGUGCUGCUCCGCCCAGACGAGCUCGCCGAGGCCCGCACCUCGGACGGCCCCUGCGAGGGGGGCGGCAUCUGGCUGGGCCCCGUCCACGAGGGCGCCGCGAAGGCCGCGCCGCUCCGCCCGCUCCUGCUCCGCCCGCUCCACGAGGACGCCGUGAAGGCAGACCUCGUGGCUCUCCUGGCCGACAUAGGCGUCACGAUCGUCGAGGCCGACGUCGAGAUGGAGGUGGGCAAGGGGCAGGCGUCGCUGCGCGUGCCGGCCUGCUCCGCCGGACGGGCGGUGAAGGAGCUCCACGGCUCCAUGUUCAUGGGGCAGCAGAUCAUGACCAUGCCGCUGGCUGAGGCGCACGCCAAGUUCCGUGUGCAGAAGCGCGUCCGCACCGCGCUGAAGGCCAUCCGCGGUCCGGAGAGGGGCCUGCGGUCGUUCCACAAUUUCGUGGAGGGCGGCAGGCCAGGGGACCCCCACGUGAUGAGGAGGUUGCUGCGCUGCACCUCCGGGAACGUCACAGAGGACUUGCGCGGGCCCCGGAGGCACAUCGCGACAGGGCCUGAGGGCGCGAGCGGCCACUGGACGGAGACCGACUGGACUGUCACCACCUUCGCCGCCACAGACUUCGGGCCGCAGCAAGUCCGGCGCAUGGCCGGCGCCCUGGCGGCCGUGGUGCGGGGCGCCGAGGAGCUCAGCUACAUCGACAGGGCGUUCGCAGACGCCCCCAUGCCGCCGCCGCCGGCGCCCGCCGAGGCGGCGUGCCUGGAGAGCGUGGCGGUGGGCCCGCCGGGCUGCGACUGGCGGGCCGCCGUGGGGGGCGAGGACGAGGCUUACGCAGAGGGCCGAUGCCGGGUCGAGUCGCGAGUGGUGGAGGAAGCCGCGCAUGGCUGGAAGGAGUUCGCGGAGCACCUGGACCGCGGCAAGACGCGGGAGCACCUGAAUUUGGAGCUCGCGGAGGCCGCCGCGGCCGGCGACGUCCCGCGCGCGGAGGCCGCGCUGGACGCGGGCGCGCUGGCGGACGGCGCCAACGAGUACGGGCAGACCGCGGCCUGCCUGGCUGCGUACGGUGGCCACGCCGACGUCAUACUCAUGCUGGCCGAGCGCGGCGCCGACCUCGCGCGCCCCGCGCACGGGGGGGCCACGCCCUGGGACGCAGCCAAGGCCCGCGGGCGCGGCGCCGCGCUGCGCGCGCUCGCGGAGCGCCUGCCCGGCGGG